AUGGAUGAUGAUGGGGAGCAGUUGGCUCCUGGAGACGAGCCCAAGGCUUCGGAUGAUGAGCAGGAACCGGUGACCAUCGUGAAAGCCACGGUCAUCAAGGGAGGACACCUCAAGAAGCAACCGUGGCUGCCAGAUUUGCAGCUGGUCGGUGGUGUCGAGUACAUAAAGCUUCACAAAUGGUGUCGAGACUUAACCCUUUUUGUGACGGGCACUGCACUGAACUUCGCUGCCACAUCCAAACGUCCGGUUCACAACAUCAAUGUCCAGUGGUUCGAAGACAUGAAGAAGAAGCGGCAGGAAGCUUGCGAUGCGGCCGUGAGAAAGGUCAUCACGGAGGCAGCCGAGGCGGAGGGUAAACCUCUGCCCAAGAGAAUCAGGCAGGCCCGAGAGGAGGACCAAUUCCUCAUUGGCAAGACGGUGACCAUUUUUUGCCCGGAGAUUCGCAACAACGAGGAUGAGGUCUUGCAGGCACCCAAGGAAAUCCAGUUUCUCUGGGGCACGAAGAGUGACCUGUUUAUGGAGUUGAAUGCCGACAACCUCGACUAUAUUCGUGCGGCCAUCAAGGAGUCCACCCCUUUCGUCCAGCAGAUCAGCUCCAAGAGGGCCAAGGCCACACAGGGGAGUGUGCCCCCCACUCCGGGGAUGACGAUGAUGAGUAACGAUGACGAGCCGGGAGUCAGUCUGGUAGGACUCGAUUGCAUGAGGAACUUGGGUGUCGCGGUGGCCGUUUCUUGCACGAGGCAUCGCGAGUUUGAUGAGGAAGAUGUUGUGAAGGAGGAGAGCAUGCAGGAGCCGCCGUUCGGGGUGGAGGACGUGUACUGGACCUUCGACGAUUUCUCGGAGUACCAGGAUGAUGACUACAAUAUGGUCCAGAAGGAGGAGGAAUUCGUAUCGGUGGCGGUUCCUGCAGCAGAGUACUCAGUGGAGCCGGCUGGGGUCGAUCGCCCAGGGGGAGGCAUGGAUGAUCGCCAGCAGUCGGGCGGUGGCCACGUGGACGGUCGCCAAUGGGGUGGCGGCUACGGGCAUGAUCGUUGGGGCGGCUAUGGCGGUGGAAACCAUGGCUACCCGAAGUACCAAGGUGGCUGGAAAGGUUUCGCAAAGGGCCGCUCGGGCUUCCAGCAGGGGUACAAGGGCUACAAAGGGUAUGGCGGCUACAGCUAUAACAACCGCUGGCCCUCUUGGAGCUGGAACAAGAAGUCGAAGAAGGAGCAGCAGCAGUCCUCGUCGUCUUCCGGGGCACGGACGUCGGCUACUACGGCUAUAGGCCAAAAGGACGGCGGCCCCAAAGGCGAGUACGACGUGAACGGCGGCCACAAAGGCGAGUACGUGAAGGGCGGCCACAAAGGCGAGUACGUGGACGGCGGCCAGAAAGGCGAGUACGUGGACGGCGGCCACAAAGGCGAGUACGUGGACGGCGGCUGGGUCUCGCCGAAAGGCGAGUUCUUGACGUCGGGGCAAGGCCGAGAUCGCCCGCGAAAUCGAGCCGGUGCCAAGGUGCAGCAGAAGCGAGAGACCCAGAAUAUCCGCCAGAGCAACAAGGCACUCAUCGAGACCACAGAAGUGUACCAGCAGCACAUGGGACAGGCUCUCGAUACGAUGUCCAGGCUGGCCCGCAUGCUAGAGCAAGACAGGUCGUGA